UAGUUAGUUAGUUAGUAACUGGUUACUUGCUAUUUUAAUUUAUUUUGGUUUGAACAAUUUUUUGGAUGUGUCGUUAUUAUUCUGUGUGAAUGUUGUCAUAAAGAGAAAUAAAAUAAAUUUGAAUAAGUCCCUUGGGAAUUAAAAGUAUAAGACAAAACAAUAAUUUAUAAUAGUAGACAAUUCAUUUUAUUAGAAAUUGUACUCUCCCAGCAAUAUUAGAAGAAAAAAGAAUUAUCUAUAGGCUUACUGGUAAUCUCUAAUAUUUCGAAUUCAAUAUCUUCCAACAAAUUUCAUAAAAUAAGACCUCAUAUUUAUUUUCCUUCAAAUUGUUCUAUUUAUAGUUGUUCAAUCAACUUAUUGAUUGUGGAGCUGGAAUUUGAAGUUUGGCUUGCUUUCAUUCUAGUGAGCAAGACAAUGUUGGUUUAUGUCUUCUAUGCAUGGUAUCUACAUACGCAAAAUGUCAUUGUUUAUAACAGCACAGUAAGAAGACCGGAAUUAAAUUGGUAUAGAGUUUGGAUGCACGGCGCCUGGAUCUUCUUGUUUUGUUUACUUAGCGAAUUCCUUUUAGUCUGGCAGUACUUGGUUGGCGGGGUGGGGAUGUGCCAUAUCGUCAGAACAAAUGCUCAUAGCUCACCAGCUCAGUCAGUCUCAGUAGUUUCAGUACUCAACUGCUACUGAGUACAGUUCACAUUACGAGGACCUACCAUGUUUGAGUGCAAAAAGUGCGGACAGUUUUUUGUUGGCAGGAGCCAAUUGCUUGUGCACUCAGUAAGAGAUUGUUCAGAUUUGGCAACGGCAACUCCAGACAUUGAUGAGGAAGCUGAAACAACAGCUGAUGACGAGGAUGCAGAUCCCAAUUGGUCACCUACACCACUUAGAGAUACCACAAUUUCAUGUUUGACACAUGAUGACAUCGAGUCAUCUCCAAUAACUCAAGAGCAGAUUGAAGAAGCAGCAAUUGUGGAAGCAAUCAUCUGUGCUGAAGAUGAAUAUGGGAUGUCAUCUUGUGACGAAUCAUAUAAAGACUCCAAUUGGAAACCUUUACCACAUGAAGAAAACUCAAUGUAUCAAGAAAAAAGUAGUGGGCCAACUGGUAGUGAUAAAGAGCAUACAGCUCGGAGAAGGCUCUUCACUGACGACAACAAAUCAACUGACAAUGACUCAAAAAGGAAAUUUCUCUUGGAUUCUCUGAAUUCCAAUAUGGAAAUUUAUAAACGCCAGAGAAAGGAUUUGGAGAAAGCUGGGAACACAAGUUCCGCAAGAAGAAAAGGAAGGAGAAUUCUUCAAUAUAAAGAGGCGAUUGAGAAGGUGAAACAUGGAUUGGAGAUUAACAUCGACAGCUUGCCUGACCCGGUUCCAGAUGAGCAACCAGUACAACCAGAACCACAAAUAAAUACCAAUUAUCAGGUGUGUGAACAAACUAUUCAUAAAUAGAAAUUAAUCAUAGUCUAACGUAUGAACUAUUCAUAUAUAUUUUAUUGAAAUGUGAAACAGGAACAAAAGCAGUAAGGUUGUGCAACAGGCUUUUUUCAGGCAGCUAGUUGAAUUUGGGACAUGUCAGUUGAAAAACUAGAUUCUCACAUUCGCCAAUAAAAAAUCAUUGUCUGAAUAUUCCAUCCAGCACUUAUUAAAUUUCAUUGUCUGUGCCUCAUCUAGCAAGUCAUAUUGUGUUUCCAGCAUUUAUUCUCAUUACAUAGAACAUAUUUCAUUUCUGUGAGGUAUUCUCAACAGCAAUAUUGAUAUUGUAAAUUUAUUUGAUGCUAAAUACUAUUCUAUCAUUAUACUAUUAUACUAUUCUAUACUAUUCACUAUCACUAAAUGCUACUUGUAAUUAAAGAGGUUAAGGAAUAAUGAAGUCUGAAAAAUAAUAAAGGCUUCUAAGGGAUAAAUUUCAUUUCAAGUGAUCAUACCAGUGAUUCAGCAUCAUACUGAGCUAUAGUCGGCAUGGCACAAUAAAGUCCCUGUAUAGCAUUGGAUAGCCCGCAAUCCAGGGACUCUCUCGUGCCAUGCAGACUAUAAUAAGUUUGUAAAUAAAUCACCAAUGGAGCUAUCAGGGAGCAGGCCUACUAGUGCAUACUUAAUUAGACUACCAAGCCACAGAGGGCCUGGCCAACAGGUGAAAAUUUACGUUUGACCAACAGGUGAGGCACUGUCGGCUAACAGGUGUAAUGAGCUGUGGACUGCCAGGAUUGUUGCUUGAUAAUCCCGCUAAGACAUAAGAAUGCAGUAUAUGCUUCUUAGAACAUCACUUGUCUACUGACCACAAGCGUAUGCUCUGCAUAGGCUACAGGAAUUUAAAGACUAAGUGUUGCCUAAUUUGCAUUUUGAUUGUAUCCUUGUGACACUGGUGUAUAUUGGUAAUUUAUUGAAAACUUAGAAGUUUCCAUAAAGUGAUGAAAUCAUUGUUGACAAUUAAAAUAUGAGCAUCAUCCACCUGGAAUUGGAAAUAUUAUUAUUACUUACAAACUAACUCCGACUUCCUUCAUACAAUCAUAAUGAAUACCAAUGGAACAAAUAUCCCUUUUGGAAGCCAUGUUGAACAAGCCUACAGUAUCAUUUGAUUAAUGUAAGAGGUGAUUCUAUAAAAAAAUUAUGAAUAAAUACACAGCUACUGUUACAACAUAGGACUACAUAGGAUACAUACAUUUAGUAAAUAGGAAAAGUUAUAAUCUGAUUCUAUUUCUGGUUUCAGUGUUAAUGAUGAACUAAAAUAA